CACGAUCGAUCAUUCACACAGCACGAAUCUGGCUCUGCCACCGCCAGCUACUUUAAUCUACAAGCGCGCUUCCGCAUAUAACUGAGCCUUACUUGAAAUACCCACUCUCCGAAUUCGCCCACGAUGUCGGAACGCAAAGUACUACAGAAAUACUACCCUCCCGACUUUGACCCGAGCGCUCUUCAGCGUCGUCGUGGUCCCAAGAACGCUGGACCUCGCAUUCAGCAGGUUCGCAUAAUGUGUCCAUUUACUAUGCGAUGCACACGAUGCGGCGCCUUCUCAAAUCGCGGUUUGAAGAAGAACGCUCGCAAGGAGACUCCGCCGGACGAAAAGUACCUAGGAAUACAGAUCGUUAAGCUCAGUUUCCGGUGUUCAUCCUGCAGCUCGGAGAUCAUCAUUAAGACCGACCCAAAGAACCAAGACUACGUUGUUGUCAGUGGAGCGGUGAGGAACAAUGAGCCGUGGAGGAAUCGCGCGGCUGAGGAAGAGAGCGUCGAACAACGUCUGGACAGGUUGGAGAGAGAGGAAGCAGAAGCCGCGGGCGAGGAAGAAUUGGACAAGAUGGAAGAGCUGGAAGCCAAGAACCAGGAUGCUCAACGAGAAAUGGCCGCUGCCGAUGCCUUGGACGAAAUCCGACACAGAAACGCUCGCAUCAACCGAUCCGAGAAAGAAGGUGUGGAUUUUGUAGAUACUAUCGUACGAACAGAAGACGAAGAGAGAGAACGACAGGAAAAGGAAGAUGAAGAAGCUGCCAAGGCGGCAUUCGCUGCGGCACGAGCUCAGGUAGAGAGCUCUGCGAAGGUUGCCGAACCAGAAGAAACACCUAUUGAGCCGCAAGCCCCAGCGCCAACCUUUAAGAGGGCGGUUAAGAAGAAGAAGGACCAUGCAGCUGCUCUGGGACUCAAAAAGAAAUCGUCAUGAGAGAAAGGACAAGAGGAAAAUUAAAUAAUUAAUUGUAAUGACGAUCAUGGAUUUUGGCGCAAACAUAGGGUCACAUUAUGU